CAAUAUCAUCCUCCCAUCUUGAACUUGGUCCAGACGCCAUGCUUUUGCCCCGUGCAUUCCAUGACUGAGUGGGGAGGCACUGAACCGGUCGGCACUGAAGACGCAUGGAUGAGAAUGACACUGAGGAUCCUUCAGAGGAGGUGACCGACUUAGGUGUCCAAAAGUAUCAGACCGUGCAAGAAGAGAGCUUGGAGGAUGUACAAUUCCCCAAGGAUGUGGUGGAGGAGGCUCAGCAGGCCUGGUCGGCCUUUACGAUGGCUGCAACCAAGGAGGCCACAGGUGAAGCCCUCUACAGUGCCAUCUUCUAUGCUGCGCCUGCACUGCAGGGCCUCUUUAAGAUUCCCAGGCCAACAAUGGCCGCGAGGUUCAUGAAUGGUAUCAAUGCAGCUGUCGCUGCAGCUCACAAGCCCUCGACCAUGAGGGUGCAGGCCGAGGCUUUGGGCUUCCAGCAUUUCGACAUUGAGGUCACCGCCUUGCGCGGAGAUAUUUUUCGCGAAGCCAUUCUGGACGUCCUGGAUCUGGAGCUGGGUGGCCGCUUCAGCACCAAGGCCAAGCUGGGACUUGCCGCCAUCAUCAAUUACUUGAUUGGCGCCUGUGUCUUUGUUCGUCGAGAGUACGCCGAUCGGAUUCAUGUUUUGCAGCAAAGCUGGGACAUGGCCAACCACCAGGCUGUAAAUGCCACUGAGAUGGCUCAGGAGGACGGGCUCUUCGAGUCCUCCGAAAGAGAUCCGGAUGAGCAGCGCUUGGACUUAGCCGACAUGGCCUCUGGUAAGGAUGUGGAGGUGCCCACAACCUUUGCAGAGAUGUUCCACUUCAAUGCUGCGGUCAUGGGCUUCAACAGCAAAUGGAUGAAUUCCAUCCUUCAGCAAAUGGAUGACUUGGUCUCCAAUGCGGCUGCCUCUUACCGGCUCACCGAGGAGUGUUCAGUGCUCUCCCUGGUUUUGGCUCAGCACAGCCAGCCAGUGCUCAGUGAGUUCAAAGCGGUGCUCUUGGCCUCCUUGCGCUCCUUGGUGGCCAAGGUAGGUUCGACACCGACUUCGUCGACUUCGUCGACUUCGUCGACUUCGUCAUUCAUGACGCAACCGACACCCUGGUGCCUGGUGCCACCUCCAUCGACGUGGCAGGAGUGGAGCACGCAGCACGAAGUGGCCUGGAACUGGUUCUGGGACAACAUUGUGCGACUCCUUAAGGCUGAAAAUGUCAAGCCACAGGUUCAGAUGAACGCCUUGGAGUUAUUCAUCACUCAGCUGAGUCCAGCCGAUUUGACCUUGCUCUACCGAAACAUUUACAAGAAGUUCUUCGAGCUGGCUCCUUCCGGGCAGGACUACUUCAAGCAAUCCUUGGCACGCCUGGAUUACAUCGCUGAUCAGAUCUUGGUGAUGUCCCUUGAGAUGUACAAAGAUCCUCGUGGCAUGGUUCGAAGGAUCUCUGCGCUGGGCCUCCGCCACGUGGGCUAUGCCAUUCCAACGGACCUCUUCCCACCCUUCGUGACAGCGGCGAUCGACGUGGUCCGCUCCAUGACCACGGUCGAUCAGGCAGAAAGCGCGUUUCGGUGGUCCUUGACACUGGUCUCCAAGAUUUUGGUUCGAAGCAUCAACGAAGGCUCCACUGUCGUUAUGAAGGCAGUGAAUACCAACCAGGGGAAGUCCCUGCGACGAGCUGUGGCCUUGGCCCCUCGCGGUCAGCGGAACAUGCAGAUGCUCAACGUUGAGGUGGGUACGGAGUCCAUUUCGCCUUUGUACUGGGCCAUUGAGACCGGCAGCCACAACGUGGCCAAGGCGAUGAUCAUUGACUUGCUCACCAUCCGAGCUGAUCGCGACAACUACUACUACGGCAAUGAAGCCUUGUUCACCCGCCAUCCAGAGAUCAUUGAAAAGCUUUGCCUGGAUGCUCCAGUUCUCCUGUGGCCUUUGUUGGAUGGUCUGAUUUGGCGCUCUCGCUUCGUCUCACAAGGCACUCGGCGGGUCAACUACUAUAUCCAGCACUUGGUACAGGACGCUGAUGGCAACAUGAACCAGGCUCUCCAGUGGAUGGCAGACACUCGUGAUCCAAAGUUGAUCACCCAUCCCAUCGUGGUCGUCUUCUCUGAUCUCAUGUGGAGCCGUUUAGUGAUGUAUCACUUCCUCACCGGGAGGGUGUGCUUUUUCUUCACCUUGAUCAUCUUCGUACUCGGUCAAGCUUUGGACAGCGAAGAACGUGUGGUGAUCUUCAUUUGCCGAGCCUUCAUCUAUGUCGGCGUCAUGCUCUACCUAUUGAUCCGAUUCGUUCGGCUCUGGGUGGCGGCCCUUCGAGCGAGGGACUUCGUGAGGAUCACCCGAUGGCUUUCGUGGCCAAAGUUCCUGUGCAGCCUUAAAGAGAUAUCUACCUUGAUGCUUUUGGCCUCCUUGAUUACCAUGUGUACUCAAGAACCUAUUUUCUGGUGCUUCAACCACCAGAGUGACACGUCUGGACCCUUCAGCAAUAGCUGUCCGGAGCUGGUACCCGAGCAGCAAAAGUCCUAUCAAGUGGUCUCAGGCUUCACAAUGUUGCUCUAUUGGCUUUUGGUGAUGGACGUGUCCAUUUUUUCCAUGCACAUCUUUGCUUACUAUUUGGUGAUCUUCCAAGUCCUCACGGAGAUCGCUCUCUUUAUGACCACUCUCUUCUUUCUGGUCAUGGCCUUUGCCACCUCUUUGAAUGCCUUGAAGCACCAGAUCCCUGCUCUCUCAGGCAUUGAUUCAGCUGCUUUGACUUUGCUGUUGAUCUCCUUGAAGCUCUUUUCAGCGCAGAACUUUGCAGAACUUGAGGCAUCUGUGUGGGUCUUCGUGGUGGUGUGUAUCUUCAUGGUUCUGGUGACCGCCUUUCUAUUGAAUCUCUUGGUGGCCCAAGUGAGCGAAUCCUACUCGGAGAUUGUCCAAGACAUGUACGGCUACGCUCGCCUUGAUCGCGCGAAUGUCACCAUGUCCACCAUCAGGGCCGGUAGCAAGAGCUGGCAGCGCUUCUUGACGAACUUGAACUUUGCCGAGAAGUUGGAGUUCAACGAAGGCGAUAUCGGCUUGGCAGGCGGGGUGUCCCUGGCUGAGCCUGCCAGCGACAAUCCGACCCCUGUGGACCGGAUCCUGCGCUUCGGUGGCAGCACCUCUCCGUCGAAGCCAUGGCCCGAGGAGGGCACCAUCACCGAGGAGGACCGGUUCGCCCGCCUGGAGAAGCUGAUUAUGCGCAUGGGCAAAAACCGUAAGAAGAAGAAGAGGGAAAGAGAGAACAGCAACAAUGAAUCUGAAAGUGCCAGAGGAAGUGAAAUGAGCGAGGACACCGAUGACGACGGUGAGGUGUGAUGAGGUGGCCUUCUUACCCAGCUGCUUAAGGCAAGCCUUCUGUUGUCACCAGACCAAAUGAGGAAUAGACAGAUGAUUCCACACUGCUUGAUCGCUGACAGACAGUUUGCGAAGCAGUUGCCAUCAUUUUGAGCUUUGGUAGCAGAUGACAGGAAGGUCUGGGUUGUUUCCACACCGUGCAGCGUUGAAAAGGAUCGGCAAGCGCCUGUGGCGGAGAACGGGUUGGUAGUGGGCGGUAGUGUUUCGGAACAAGUGCGCAUUUCAUUAAGAAUCCCAAAGUCCUCCGUGGAAUUGGCAACCCUGGCAAACGAGCCACACUGAUCGCCGCAUCGCAGCCCACCAGUGCUUUCUGCAACUGAUCUUGAUCACAGUUUCCAUUCUCGGUCAAGGGUAGAGAC